GCAUGCGCCCACCGCGGCGGGGAGUACACCUCCAACGUCUGCGGGUGCGGGGGGUGUCGGGUGUCCGCGGAGGCGCUUUGCGGCCGGUCGUGCGGGUCGGGUGCGGGCGCGCGGGCGGGCGCCCAGGCAGAGGCGCGCACAGGUGAUUGACUGGCCAGCUGGCUGAGGGAGCGCCUGGUCCUCAUCGCUGGCAGGUGGCGGAGCCCAUUUGGGCGGCGGUGGAGGCGGCUGCGGCAGCCUGGGCGGCCGGGCUCAGGAGGCACUCCUCGGGCCAAGGCCAUGGCCCCGCGGCUGCAGCUGGAAAAGGCGGCCUGGCGCUGGGCGGAGACGGUGCGGCCCGAGGAGGUGUCGCAGGAGCACAUCGAGACCGCCUACCGCAUCUGGCUCGAGCCCUGCAUCCGCGGCGUGUGCAGACGAAACUGCAAAGGAAAUCCGAAUUGCUUGGUUGGGAUUGGUGAGCACAUUUGGUUAGGAGAAAUAGAUGAAAAUAGUUUUCAUAACAUUGACGACCCCAACUGUGAGAGGAGAAAAAAGAACUCAUUUGUGGGCCUCACUAACCUUGGAGCUACUUGUUAUGUAAACACAUUUCUUCAAGUGUGGUUUCUUAACCUGGAGCUUCGGCAGGCGCUCUACUUAUGUCCAAGCACCUGUAGUGACUACAUGAUGGGAGAUGGUAUCCAAGAAGAGAAAGAUUAUGAGCCUCAAACAAUUUGUGAGCAUCUCCAGUACUUAUUUGCCUUGUUGCAAAACAGUAAUAGGCGAUACAUUGAUCCAUCGGGAUUUGUUAAAGCUUUGGGCUUGGACACAGGGCAGCAGCAGGAUGCCCAAGAAUUUUCAAAGCUCUUUAUGUCUCUUUUGGAAGAUACUUUGUCUAAACAAAAGAAUCCCGAUGUGAGGAACAUUGUGCAACAGCAGUUCUGUGGGGAAUAUGCUUAUGUAACUGUGUGCAAUCAGUGUGGCAGAGAAUCUAAGCUUUUAUCAAAGUUUUAUGAACUGGAGUUAAAUAUCCAAGGCCACAAACAGUUAACAGAUUGUAUCUCAGAAUUUUUGAAGGAAGAAAAAUUAGAAGGAGACAAUCGAUACUUUUGUGAAAACUGUCAAAGCAAACAGAAUGCAACAAGGAAGAUCCGACUCCUUAGUCUUCCUUGUACUCUGAACUUACAGCUAAUGCGUUUUGUCUUUGACAGGCAAACUGGACAUAAGAAAAAACUGAAUACCUACAUUGGCUUCUCAGAAAUUUUGGAUAUGGAGCCUUAUGUGGAACACAAAGGCACGCGGGGUCUUAGCUCCCCACCAAGGAUCGAACCCGCACCCGCACCCACUGCAUUGGAAGGCGAAGUCUUAACCACUGGACUGCCAGGGAAGUCCCAGAAACCAAUUACAUUUAAAUGUGGGUCCUAUGUGUAUGAACUCAGUGCAGUCCUCAUACACAGAGGAGUGAGUGCUUAUUCCGGUCACUACAUUGCCCAUGUGAAAGAUCCACAGUCUGGUGAAUGGUAUAAGUUUAAUGACGAAGACAUAGAAAAGAUGGAGGGGAAGAAAUUACAACUAGGGAUUGAGGAAGAUCUAGCAGAACCUUCUAAAUCCCAGACACGUAAACCCAAGUGUGGCAAAGGAACUCACUGCUCUCGAAAUGCGUACAUGUUGGUUUAUAGACUACAAACUCAAGAAAAACCCAACACGACUAUUCAGGUACCAGCCUUUCUUCAAGAGCUGGUAGAUCGGGAUAAUUCCAAAUUUGAGGAGUGGUGUAUUGAAAUGGCCGAGAUGCGUAAGCAAAGUGUGGAUAAAGGAAAAGCAAAGCAUGAAGAAGUUAAGGAGCUGUACCAAAGGUUACCUGCUGGAGCUGAGCCCUAUGAAUUUGUCUCUCUGGAGUGGCUGCAGAAGUGGUUGGAUGAAUCGACGCCCACCAAGCCUAUUGAUAAUCACGCUUGCCUGUGUUCCCACGACAAGCUUCAUCCCGAUAAAAUAUCGAUUAUGAAGAGAAUAUCUGAAUAUGCGGCUGACAUUUUCUAUAGUAGAUACGGAGGGGGACCAAGACUAACUGUGAAAGCCCUGUGUAAGGAAUGCGUAGUAGAACGUUGUCGUGUGUUGCGUCUGAAGAACCAACUAAAUGAAGAUUAUAAAACUGUAAAUAAUCUGCUCAAAGCAACAGUAAAGGGCAAUGAUGGAUUUUGGGUAGGGAAAUCCUCUUUACGCAGUUGGCGCCAGCUAGCUCUUGAGCAGCUGGAUGAGCAAGAUGGCGAUGCAGACCAAAGCAGUGGGAAAAUGAAUGGCAACACCUUGAAUAAAGAUGAAUCAAAGGAAGAAAGAAAGGAGGAGGAGGAAGAAUUAAAUUUUAAUGAAGACAUUCUGUGCCCACAUGGGGAGUUAUGCAUAUCUGAAAAUGAAAGAAGGCUUGUUUCUAAAGAGGCUUGGAGCAAACUGCAGCAGUACUUCCCAAAGGCUCCCGAGUUUCCAAGUUACAAAGAAUGCUGUUCACAGUGCAAGAUUUUAGAAAGAGAAGGAGAAGAAAAUGAAGCCUUGCAUAAGAUGAUUGCAAAUGAGCAAAAGACUUCUCUUCCAAAUUUGUUCCAGGACAAAAACAGACCGUGUCUCAGUAACUGGCCAGAGGACACGGAUGUCCUCUACAUUGUGUCACAGUUCUUUGUAGAAGAAUGGCGAAAAUUUGUUAGGAAACCUACAAGGUGUAGUCCUGUGUCAUCGGUUGGAAACAGUGCUCUUCUGUGUCCUCACGGGGGACUCAUGUUUACAUUUGCUUCCAUGACCAAAGAAGAUUCUAAACUUAUAGCUCUCAUAUGGCCCAGUGAGUGGCAAAUGAUACAAAAGCUCUUUGUCGUGGAUCAUGUGAUUAAAAUCAUGAGAACUGAAGGAGGAGAUGCAAACCCUUCAGAAACACAGUAUAUUUCUGAGCCUAAACUCUGUCCUGAAUGUAGAGAAGGGUUAUUGUGUCAACAGCAGAGGGACCUGCGUGAAUACACUCAAGCCACCAUCUACGUCCAUAAAGUCGUGGAUAAUAAGAAGGUGAUGAAGGAUUCAGCUCCAGAGCUAAAUGUGAGUAGUUCUGAAACAGAGGAGGAUAAGGAAGAAGCUAAACCGGAUGGAGAAAAAGAUCCAGAUUUUAAUCAAAGCAACGGAGGAACAAAGCGGCAAAAGAUAUCCCAUCAAAAUUAUAUAGCCUACCAAAAGCAAGUUAUUCGGCGGAGUAUGCGACAUAGAAAAGUUCGUGGUGAAAAAGCUCUUCUUGUUUCUGCUAAUCAAACAUUAAAAGAAUUGAAAAUUCAGAUCAUGCAUGCAUUUUCAGUUGCUCCUUUUGACCAGAAUCUGUCAAUUGAUGGAAAGAUUUUAAGUGAUGACUGUGCCACCCUCGGAACCCUUGGCGUCAUUCCUGAAUCUGUCAUUUUGUUAAAGGCUGAUGAACCAAUUGCAGAUUAUGCUGCAAUGGAUGAUGUCAUGCAAGUGUGUAUGCCAGAAGAAGGGUUUAAAGGUACUGGUCUUCUUGGACAUUAAUCUUUUUGAACAUUUGCUGACUGCUAAGAAAUGACCAGAAAGGAAGAGGAGUUUGACAUGUUAGGGCAUUACAGAAAAAGUGGAUUUAAGAAUUAAACCAUUACAUGACUCCUCCGCAAGGCAGAAAACCAUUCAAAAGUGACUGUCCCCAAAUGCCUUAUGUCAAAGCAGAUUGCACUGAAGGCCAUCAGACUUGAAGGAAAUGUUUCAAAUUUUAUAUUUAAGGGGGGUGGGGGGGGAAUGGGCAAGUAAAGACUGAAGAAGUUUAGUAGCAGUAUCAGUAAAUCAUGUUUACAUAUGAGAUUUAUAGGCACGGGAGGGAAUAAAGUUCUGUUAUAUUUC